AUGGAACCAAUUUUUUCUUCUUUCGAAAUGCAAAAAGUCCUGGGGUAUAUAAAGACGGCAUUUCACUUUGUUGAGGAGAAUUCCCAAAACUAUGUUGAUGACGUUUUUGCGAAAUAUGAAAUCCAGUCUGAUUGUAGUAAAUUUACAGUAAAAAAUAUUGGUGAGUUGAGUAACGAGAUUGAAAAGGCGGGAAUGGUGCUUAACAAACUCAAAGAAGUUAACGGAAAGAGUCACCAAAUUUUUAACGAAAUUAUGGAAUUUGUAGAUACACUAAAAGGGCUUUUGGAAAAAGAGGAUUUUGACGUAGAAAUGAUACGUCGUUCCCACGAAAAAAUGGUUGACAAAGCUGUCUGCCUCGAAACGGAGAGGGGGAAGAUUUUGGAAGCCGAGGUGGAACGAAAAAUUGAGGAAUUACAUAAAAUGAAAGAUUGUCAAUUGAGUGAUUUAGCGGAACGACGACGCAUUUGGGCGCGUAAAAAAGUGGGAAAAUUGGAGUUGCAAGAAGAAACCUUUACUCCACAACCCGAACGAGAGAUUUUUACAUUAAUCGAAACACUUUUGGGAUGGGUCAAUGGAACUAAAAUGGAUAUUAUCUUCGAUUCAGACAAGGACGAAGUCUCGAACACUUCAUUUAUAUCCGCAAUAAAGAAUAGAAAGGGGUUAUAUUUCAUUGUUAUAUGUAGGAACGGCACUGUGUUUGGUAAUUACUGUGAUGUGCCAAUAGAGGUUGGCAAAGAAACUGCUGAUCAAAACCUCUUUGUGUUCAGACUCAAAUCACAAAAAGGGAAGGUUGAAAAGUACGAUCUUCUCGAUAAGACAGACUCCACAAUCACUGUGUGGCAAGACAACAACUGUUUGUUUGGAAUUGGCGGGGCGAAUGGGUGGAUUGCCGUCCACAAACCCAAGUUUGACACAAGCAGAUGUUGUUACUUGUCAAAAUGGAUCGGGGUAAAAGAAGACGACGACGUCAACGGGACGUAUUGGACUGACUUUCACCAACAAAGAUUUGGUGUUUCUCGCAUCAUUGUUGUCGAGGUGAUUUAG